CUGAACUUCACAGAGUACUUCUCACCAAUACGUGGACUGCGGUGGCUACAGGGUUCUCUUGGGGAUAGGUGGGCGGGGACUCUGAACAUCAGACUGCAACGCUCAGAAAGAACUUCGACAAUGGACAGAGUUUAUGAAAUUCCCGAGGAGCCACAUGUGGAUGCGGUUUCAUCUCUGGAGGAAGAUGUCAUCCGUGGGACCAACCCCCGCUUUACCUUUCCAUUUGGCAUCCUCUUCUCCACCUUUUUGUACUGUGGAGAGGCUGCAUCUGCCUUGUACAUGGUUAGAAUCUACCGAAAGAAUAGUGAAACAUACUGGAUGACAUACACUUUUUCCUUCUUCAUGUUUUCAUCCAUCAUGGUCCAGUUGACCCUCAUUUUUGUCCACAGAGAUCUGGCUAAAGAUAAACCACUAUCGUUAUUUAUGCAUCUAAUCCUCUUGGGACCUGUUAUCAGAUGUUUGGAGGCCAUGAUUAAGUACCUCACACUGUGGAAGAAAGAGGGGCAGGAGGAGCCCUAUGUCAGCCUCAUCCGAAAGAAGAUGCUAAUAGAUGGCGAGGAGGUGCUGAUUGAAUGGGAGGUGGGCCACUCCAUCCGGACCCUGGCUAUGCACCGCAAUGCCUACAAACGUAUGUCACAGAUCCAAGCCUUCCUGGGCUCAGUGCCCCAGCUGACCUAUCAGCUCUAUGUGACCCUGAUCUCUUCCGAGGUCCCCCUAGGUAGAGCCGUGCUAAUGGUCUUUUCCCUGGUAUCUGUCACCUAUGGGGCUACCCUUUGCAAUAUGUUGGCUAUCCAGAUUAAGUACGAUGACUACAAGAUUCGCCUUGGGCCACUAGAAGUCCUUUGCAUCACCAUUUGGCGGACAUUGGAGAUUACUUCGCGCCUCGUGAUUCUAGUGCUCUUCUCAGCCACCUUGAAGAUGAAGGCUGUGCCCUUCUUAGUGCUCAACUUCCUGAUCAUUCUCUUUGAGCCUUGGGUUAAGUUCUGGAGAAGUGGUGCCCAGAUGCCCAAUAAUAUUGAGAAGAACUUCAGCCGAGUUGGCACUCUGGUGGUACUCAUUUCCAUCACCGUCCUCUAUGCUGGCAUCAACUUCUCCUGCUGGUCAGCCUUACAGUUGAGGUUGGCAGACAGAGAUCUUGUUGACAAAGGUCAAAACUGGGGACAUAUGGGCCUGCACUAUAGUGUGAGGUUGGUAGAGAAUGUGAUUAUGGUGUUGGUUUUUAAGUUCUUUGGAGUGAAAGUGUUACUGAAUUAUUGUCAUUCCUUAAUUGCCUUGCAGCUCAUUGUUGCUUAUCUGAUUUCCAUUGGCUUCAUGCUCCUUUUCUUCCAGUAUUUGCAUCCAUUGCGCUCACUCUUCACCCAUAAUGUAGUGGACUACCUCCACUGUGUCUGCUGCCACCGGCACCCUCGGGGCAGGGUUGAGAACUCAGAGCCAUCCCCUGAGGCUGAAGCAACACAAAGCAUUGUCUGAUUCUAUCUUCUGGGUAUUUGGGGAUGGAUUAGGGGUUGUCAAAAGCAGCUAUAACGUUUAAGGAGAGGGUGAGGCUCAUGGGUAACCGGAGCCAGAGUAACCCUUUUUCUCUGGGACCUGCAUGGGCCUCCAGCUUGUCAAGUAGAAUGCUUGAGUUUUCUGUUAAGCCUGUCAGUAGUAAGAGCAACCCCAAAAUAGUUUUUUUAAAGAUUUACUGCUGUAUUUGGACACCAGAGUAUUUAUUAUAGGAUUGGAAAGGUCAGAAAUACCUUUCACAUCCCUCCUACCAAGGUCAGUUGGGAUAACUUACUUCUUAGCACCUUAGGCUCUCUGUGACCUUUCAGCUCUGCCCAUUUGCUUGAGGCAUGGCUGAGCUAACAACCCAGAAUCCUACUAGAAUAUAUCCUGACUGAUCAGAGGAUGUGGAACUUACUAGCUGUGGAUGCCUCCCAGGAAACAUUCUGACCAAUGUAUAACAUGCAACUGUAAGUGUGGCCAGGGUCUUUUCAUUGCAAUGAGAAACUGGCCGAGAGGCCAGGUGUAGUGGCUCACGCCUGUAAUCUUAGCACUCUUGAGAGGCUGAGGUGGGAGGAUUGCUUGAGCUCAGGGGUUUGAGAACAGCCUAAGCAAGAGCAAGACCCCAUCUAUACGAAAAUAUAAAAAUUAUUAUUUUUAAAUUUAUUAUUAUUAUUAUUUUUAAUAGCCAGGCGUGGUGGUGCCUGCCUGUUGUCCCAGCUACUUGGGAGACUGAGGCAGGAGGAUCUCUUGAGCCUAAGAGUUUGAGGUUGCUGUGAGCUCUGAUACCACACAGCAGUCUACCCAGGGUGACAGAGUGAGACUCAAAAACAAACACUGGUUAAUAGAAAACCCCCACUAUUAAAAGAGCUAUUCUGAAAAGGAAUUAGCUCUUGUUAGGAUUUUGCUAGUUGUCAGUUAGCAAAGACCUCUCCUUUCAGUGGUCUUCAUAGGCCCACUCUAAGGAGGGAGUCCAAAGGAGUAUUCCUUCAGGGCAUAAGCCAGAGUAACCCUUUUUCUCAGGGACCUGCAUGGGCCUCCAGCUUGUCAAGUGGAAUGCUUGAGUGAAUUCCAACCAGCUUUUCUGUGCUCUUGUCAUUUUGCUACUUGGUGUGGACCUUAGAGAAGCUGAACUGUAAAAUGAACUGAAAAUGUUUUUGAUGUGUGGACAAGAUGAAGACUGCUUUGUGUUUGCUACUUACUGUCUUGGGUAUUUUGUUAAUUUAUUUUUUAGGGGAGAGAGAAAGUAAUAAUGGUUGAGACAUCACCUUCAUGUUGUUUGGGGUUGGGAUGGGUGGCUAACACUCCAAGGUAAAGUGAAGGCAGAGAAGGGAGACUAGAUCACAUUAAAUCUUCAUCAGUACUAGUUUCUGCCCAAUAGUAUUUGACUUUAUAAUAAGGAGCAUAUGUUUAUCAACCCUCUGCUCAUUCCUACACCACUAGUGGAUAAAUGCACAUCUCCCUUUUUCAUGUAUCUCAAUGAUUACAUCUCAUAUUAGUUGGGUAUUUUUAGGGGAACGUCAGCUGGAUACCUCUAAGGCAACCAAGGAAUUGAGGU